ACUCGGCGCCGACUCGCCCCGUCGGGACCCGCAGGCUCUGCGCUCCGGACGAGUCCUGCGAGGGCGCCCGCCGCGCGACCAGGAUGUCAGGGCGCACGGGUGCCGCCAAGAUGCUCCGAGGACCCUGCUCCGCCCUCCUGCUCUGGGGGCUCCUGGGGGCCGUCCACGCUCAGCAGCAGGAGGUCGUCAGCCCCAGCCCCUCCGACAGGAACAGCUGCCCAGAGAAGGCCGACUGCCCGAUCCACGUGUACUUCGUGCUGGACACGUCGGAGAGCGUCACCAUGCAGUCGCCCACCGACAGCCUGCUCUACCACAUGCAGCAGUUCGUGCUGCAGUUCAUCAGCCAGCUGCAGGACGAGCUGUACCUGGACCAGGUGGCGUUGAGCUGGCGCUACGGCGGCCUGCACUUCUCCGACGUGGUGCAGGUGUUCAGCCCGCCGGGCAGCGACCGGGCCUCCUUCACCAAGAGCCUGCAGAGCAUCAGCUCCUUCCGCCGCGGCACCUUCACCGACUGCAUGCUGGGCAACAUGACCCAGGAGGUGCGGCGGCACGUGGGCAAGGGGGCGGUCAACUUCGCGGUCAUCAUCACCGACGGCCACGUCACCGGCAGCCCGUGCGGGGGCAUCAAGCUGCAGGCCGAGCGCGCCCGCGAGGAGGGCAUCCGGCUCUUCGCGGUGCCACCCAACCUCAAGCUGAACGAGCAGGGCCUGCGGGACAUCGCCAGCACGCCGCAUGAGCUCUACCGGAACAACUACUCCACCAUGCGGCCCGACUCCACCGAGAUCGACCAGGACACCAUCAACCGCAUCAUCAAGGUCAUGAAACACGAAGCCUACGGAGAGUGCUACAAGGUGAGCUGUCUGGAGAUCCCUGGGCCCCCGGGCCCCAAGGGCUACCGUGGACAGAAGGGCGCCAAGGGCAACAUGGGCGAGCCCGGAGAGCCUGGACAGAAGGGGCGACAGGGAGAUCCAGGCAUCGAAGGCCCCAUCGGAUUCCCCGGACCCAAGGGUGUUCCUGGUUUCAAAGGAGAGAAGGGCGAGUUUGGAUCCGAAGGGCGGAAGGGCGCCCCUGGCCUGGCGGGCAAGAAUGGGACAGAUGGACAGAAGGGCAAGUUGGGGCGCAUCGGACCUCCUGGCUGCAAGGGAGACCCUGGGAGUCGGGGCCCCGACGGUUACGUGGGGGAAGCCGGCAGCCCUGGGGAGCGAGGAGACCAAGGCUCCAAGGGGGACGCUGGCCGCCCAGGACGCAGAGGGCCUCCGGGGGAAAGUGGGGCCAAAGGAAGCAAGGGCUAUCAAGGCAACAAUGGAGCCCCAGGAAGUCCCGGCCUGAAAGGAGCCAAGGGCGGGCCUGGGCCCCGAGGACCCAAAGGCGAACCCGGGCGCAGGGGAGACCCCGGAACCAAGGGCGGCCCAGGCAGCGAUGGCCCCAAGGGCGAGAAGGGGGACCCCGGCCCUGAGGGGCCCCGGGGCCUGGCUGGAGAGGUUGGCAACAAAGGAGCCAAGGCAAACCGAGGUUUACCUGGACCCAGAGGUCCCCAGGGAACUAUCGGAGAGCCGGGGAACCAGGGAUCUCGGGGAGACCCCGGUGACGCUGGUCCCCGCGGAGACUCAGGACAGCCUGGCCCCAAGGGAGACCCCGGCAGGCCUGGAUUCAGCUACCCGGGACCCCGAGGAGCACCUGGAGAGAAAGGCGAGCCUGGCCCCCGCGGCCCCGAGGGGGGCAGAGGUGACUUUGGCUCCAAAGGAGAACCCGGGAGGAAAGGCCAGAAGGGCGAGCCUGCAGAUCCUGGCCCGCCUGGUGAGCCAGGCCCUCGGGGGCAGAGAGGAGCCCCGGGACCCGAGGGAGAGCGCGGCCCCCCAGGAGACCCCGGCCUCACGGAGUGCGACGUCAUGACCUACGUGAGGGAGACGUGCGGCUGCUGUGACUGUGAGAAGCGCUGUGGCGCCCUGGACGUGGUGUUCGUCAUCGACAGCUCCGAGAGCAUCGGCUACACCAACUUCACCCUGGAGAAGAACUUCGUCAUCAACGUGGUCAACAGGCUGGGGGCCAUCGCCAAGGACCCCAAGUCGCUGACGGGGACCCGCGUGGGCGUCGUGCAGUACAGCCACGACGGCACCUUCGAGGCCAUCCAGCUGGACGACGAGCGCAUCGACUCACUGUCCAGCUUCAAGGAGGCCGUCAAGAACCUCGAGUGGAUCGCGGGCGGCACCUGGACGCCCUCGGCCCUCAAGUUCGCCUACAACCAGCUCAUCAAGGAGAGCCGGCGCCAGAAGACCCGCGUGUUCGCGGUGGUCAUCACGGACGGCCGCCACGACCCCCGCGACGACGACCUCAACCUGCGGGCGCUGUGCAACCACGACGUGACGGUGACGGCCAUCGGCAUCGGGGACAUGUUCCACGAGAAGCACGAGAGUGAGAACCUGUACUCCAUCGCCUGCGACAAGCCUCAGCAGGUGCGCAACAUGACGCUCUUCUCCGACCUGGUGGCUGAGAAGUUCAUCGACGACAUGGAGGACGUGCUGUGCCCGGACCCCCAGAUCGUGUGCCCAGACCUUCCCUGCCAAACAGAUGGACCGCGGCCUGGUGGCGCGCCCCCGGUCACCUUCCUCCGCACGGAAGAGGGCCCGGACGCCUCCUUCCCCAGGACCAUCCCCCUGAUCGAACAGUUGCUAAACGCCACGGAGCUCACGCAGGACCCAGCCGCCUACUCCAGGCUGGUGGCCGUGCUGGUCUACACCGCGGAGCGGGCCAAGUUCGCCACAGGAGGCGAGCGGCAGGACUGGAUGGACCUGUUCAUUGACACCUUUAAGCUGGUGCACAGGGACAUCGUGGGGGACCCUGAGACCGUGCUGGCGCUCUGCUGAAGCCACAGGGUGCAGCCCCACCGGCCGCAUUAGCCCCCAGGGGCUGCCCACCUUACACUGCGGGGCUUGAAACAGCGGGAAGCUGUUCCUUCGGUCUGGAGGCCAGAAGUACAAAAGCAAGGUGUCCCAGGACAGGGCGCCCUGUGGGCCUCUAGGGGAGGGCCCUCCCUGCCUUUCCAGCUCCAGCUCUGCCUCCGUGGUCACCUGGCCUCUCCCCUUCUCCCCUGCCUCCCUCCUACAGGGACACUUGUGGCAUUUAGGGCCGGAUAAUCCAGGAUCGUCUCCCCGUUUCACGGGAAUUACUCACUGAAUCCCAUCUGCAAAGUCCUUUUUGCCAGAUCCUUAUAUCAUGGUCACAGGCUCUAGGAUUAGGUCGUAGGCGUGUCUUGGGGGCCAUUAUUUAGCAGAAAAGAAAGAGGGAAGAGCAGAGCCUCAUAACAGUCCCGACUCCCAGCUUCACCUCUGGCCUCUGCGCGUUUCCCUCGUCCCCCUGGCUGAUACAUGGAGAAACCCCCACCCCCACCCCCCACCCCCGGAAACCAGCAGUCCCUGCAUUUCUGACUCUGCCUGCAGGAACUCAUGAGGCCCAGGGGCACACAGGGAACUCGCUAGGCAGUUCCAGCUCCAGCUCCAGCUGUGUGGGUUUAAAGCCAAAGCUGCUGUUCAUCUGCACUGCCAUCAAAAUAAGCUGUACCGUAAAUAAGCUCCUUAAAAAAAAAUUGCCAGAAACACUCGCUUCUCUGCGGGUAGCCCAGCACUUCCGCGGACGCACCCAAGUGUUCUUCAGGUGCUGUGAGCACGUCUCGUACCUUGUAUAAAAGCUAAGAAGCAAGGCGUGUGAGGUGUGCUGCGGUCCGCGGCUCGCUGGGGUGGAUUGCUUGCUCGCCUGGACCUCGGGGGUCGCCUGUGCAGGGGGGCACCUUGGGCCUGGGGGCCCCAAGCAGGAUGCUGAGGCCUCGUGGUUGGUGCCACGGCUCAGGACCUCCUUCCGCUGGGAUCCCUGUGCUCCUGGCCGCAGGUCAGCACACCUGGGCUGUGACGAGUCCUUUCCUGCCCAGGUCAAGAGGGGUGCCCAUGGGGUUGGACCCAAGCAGGAGGACGAGCCCCGCCCCUGCGCAGCCCGGAAGGCAGUUAGCGUUGAGAUCUCAGCCAUGCCGUGGGGGAGGGGCUUGGCUGCAUGUGCCUGCGUGUGGACAGAGGCCCAGCUUGUGGUCCAGUAUGUGUGGAGCAGGUUUUCAGGCUGCGCUGUGGGCCCCAUGUCCCCCAGAGGCUUAACCUCAGCCCUGGCGGCAGCCUUGCCCCCACACUGUCCAGCAUGUCCAGGGCUGGUGACUGCCCAGAUGAGGGCAAGGGUCUCCUCAGGUAACAGGGAGUCACUUGGGCUGCCACAAGGGUCUGGCCACACCUGUGCCCACUGCCCACCAAAGCCUUGACCAGUCGAGGGGACACGGGCCGCUUCUCUCUCCGAUGCUUCCAGGGCUGGGAGAGAUAUGGCCCGGCCAGCAGAGGUGGGUCCUUGCAUCUGGGGAUCUUCAUGGGGUCUUUUUACACAAUCACAGAUGUGAUGACACCUCUCUCUCCCACCCGUACUCCCCAUGGACCGUGGCCCUUUGGGAUGUAUCCAAUUCUUGGGCCAAAAGAAGGGGCUUUACUGACCCCUUCCUUCCGGUCCGCGAGGGCCUGAAGGGAGGUCGCUGGGCAGAGAUGGUGCUGGGAGAGUGGAAAGGGGUCCCUGAGCCUCAGGUUUGGGGACAUUUCCUGGUGGGAGCACAGCCAAGAGAGAUAGUAUUGGUCCCAGGGAGACCGGGUGGGAGCCUGGAUGCUGCAGGGGGCUGCCAAGCGCGUGACCUCGGGUGCGGCUCCCGCGGCCUGCGGCGCCUGUGCACGGGGUGCGCGUGAAGAGGCGGCGCGGCGCGUGGCCCGUGGCCCAGGUGGGCGUGGCCGGAGCGGGGGUGGCCCCCGUGGGCGCAGCUGGGCCGGGGCCG